AUGGUCCACCUCAGCACCAUCCCGUCCGAGGACGAGAUCGAUGACAAGCUCGUCGAGAGCGUCAAGAAGGCCCAUCUACAGCUUGUCAACGACGAGGAUGCCUUCACCACCAGCGUCUACGGCUCCAGGUUUGCCGCCCUCGACCUGCCCAGGCACGAGAUGCCCGAGAGGGAGAUGCCCAAGGAGGUCGCAUAUCGCAUGAUCAAGGAUGAGCUUAGUCUCGACGGUAACCCCAUGCUGAACUUGGCUUCGUUUGUCACGACUUACAUGUCACUGACAGCCGCGCAGGAGGAAGAAGCCGAGAAGCUCAUGGCCGAGUCCUUCUCCAAGAACUUCAUCGACUACGAGGAGUACCCCCAGUCGGCAGACAUACAGAACCGAUGCGUGUCCAUGAUCGGCCGCCUGUUCAACGCGCCAGUCGGCUCCGACCACGCAACCAAGGGCGCAGUAGGCACGUCCUGCGUCGGCAGCUCUGAGGCCAUAAUGCUGGCCGUGCUGGCCAUGAAGAAGCGCUGGAAGAACAAGCGCGUGGCCGCAGGCAAGUCGACCGACAAGCCCAACAUCAUCAUGUCCUCGGCCGUGCAGGUCUGCUGGGAGAAAGCCGCCCGCUACUUUGAGGUGGACGAGAAGCUCGUCUACUGCACCCAGGAACGAUACGUCAUCGACCCCGAGGAGACGGUCAACCUUGUCGACGAGAACACCAUUGGCAUCUGCGCCAUUCUGGGCACUACCUACACGGGGGAGUACGAAGACGUCAAGGCCGUUAACGAUCUGCUGGUGAGGAAGGGGCUCGACAUCCCCAUUCACGUCGAUGCGGCUAGCGGCGGGUUCGUUGCUCCGUUCGUCGUUCCGGACCUUGAGUGGGAUUUCCGUCUGGAGAAGGUUGUCUCAAUCAACGUUUCCGGCCACAAGUACGGCCUCGUAUACCCCGGCGUCGGCUGGGUUGUAUGGCGUAGCGCCGAAUACCUGCCGAAAGAGCUCGUCUUCAACAUCAACUAUCUUGGCGCCGACCAAGCAUCGUUCACGCUAAACUUCAGCAAAGGCGCCAGCCAGGUCAUUGGGCAGUACUACCAGCUGAUCCGCCUCGGCAAGCACGGAUACCGUGCCAUCAUGAGCAACUUGACGCGGACGGCCAACUACCUAUCCGACUCGCUCGAGGCCAUGGGCUUCAUCAUCAUGUCCAAGAAGUCGGGAGAGGGGCUGCCUCUUGUAGCGUUCCGCCUCACGCCCCAAGAAGACCGAAACUACGACGAGUUUGCCUUGGCACACCAGCUUCGUGUGCGCGGAUGGGUUGUGCCGGCCUACACAAUGGCGCCCAACACCGAAAACCUCAAGAUGCUGCGCGUCGUGGUGCGCGAGGACUUUACGCGCAGCCGCUGCGACAAUCUGAUUGCCGACAUCAAGCUCGGCCAGCAGCUGCUCGAACAGAUGGACCGUGACAGCAUCAAGAAGCAGCAGGACUUUAUUCACAAGAACCACACGGCCAGCGGCAAGGCAACCCACAACCACCCCAAGUACCGGAAGGAGACGCACUCUAUCCAGGGCAGGACCGGCAAGACGCACGCCAUUUGCUAA